AUGAUAGUGAGUUUCUUCCCCGACAGUGUCUGGGGAUGUACAGUGAAGCAGCACCAAAAGCAGAAACACCUCCUGUACCAUAAGAUCAUCUACACCCUCAUUAGCGAUAAGUACAAAAGCCGAAUCCUGCGGAAGUCGUCCUUCGCGCUGCUCUAUCUGUCGUACGUGUUUAUAAAGAUGCUGCCGGUGACGUUGGCGAUCGAAACGCACACCGGCACCAAAUCGAUCACCUCGCUGGCAGUGAAACCGCGUCCGCUACCGGAAAUGGUGGCCCCGCCGCUUGACGAUGAGGACGACGAUUACUUCGACGAUUACGUCGACGAGUACGAUAUAGUGAACAAUAAAUCGGCCAAGGGAAUGUACGUCGGGGCACCGUGCGAGUUUACGUGCCACGCUAAGCUUCAUCACGUGUACUGUGAUCCUACGACCAACACCUGCAGCUGCGAGAAAGAUUACGUCGUGCUGAUUGGUAUACUGAAAGGAUGUGCCAAGCCCAAAAAACUUGGGGAACAAUGCUUCUACCAUCAGACCUGCAUCUACAACGACGAGCAUGCGAUGUGUGUGCAGAUCGUGCACAACGCCAUCUGUCAAUGUGCGCCCGGUUUCCACUCGGUCAGCUACUCGAAGCCAACGAAACGUGUCUUCUGCACACAAGACUUGGCCACCAUAACUGCGGAUCUUCCGACGCUGUUUGGCGUCACAAGCGGCAUAGCCGUGCUGGCGGGGCUCAUUUGCAUGGUGCUGCAUUUAUUUAGCAAAACGAAAUACCCUCGACCGAGGCAUUUCGGUGACGCGAACCUCGCCCCGCCGAUACUAUUUUCCAGUGAUACAGGGAUACCAUUGACAAUACAGUCGGCAAGACCGUCAUCUCGUUCCAGUCAGCGCUCGAGCGGUUCCAUCGGUUCCUAUGGCAAUCGGCGGUCGUCCAGUGCGCCGCUGCACGGCUCCAAAGGCGUCCUGGUUUCGACCUCCCGUACAGGUGCGGCCCGAUCUGCCGCCAUAUUGCUUGUAUCAUGUCACAUAUCUGCAAUUAGAAAUAGUAAAUCCACUAGUACCGAUUCCCAGCACCCCAGCAGCUAUCUGAGCGACGACAAUAUGACCAAAUAUCUCGAGCGCCAGCUCGAGCACCAGAAGCAGCUGCUCUACCUGGACAUACCGUCGCUCAGAACGCACAAUAAGUUGUUUUCCAAGUUUUGCAAGGCUACCGCCCUCAUCGGCGGCCAUCAUGCGGAAGCCGCCCGGAACGACGAUGGCAACACUGGCGAUGGUGACGAUGGUGCGACGGCCGGCGGCAGCGGUGGCGUUGGCAGCAAUAAUGGCCAGUAUCACGGACCGUAUCACUACGUGGGCGCUUCCACCAACGAUGAUUCGAGCUUCGACGAUGAGGACGGUCGUGGUUCCCGAAGACCAAGUUUAGCUUCCGUGCACAGUACCAGCUCGUCCGUGCGGAGCUACAGUAUGCGUCGGUUCGAGCAGGAGAUCCAGCAGAAGGAACUGCGGCAGGAGAUGAAACGGCACCUGGCGCGGCUCCAGGAGCAGCAGCAGCUGCAGAAGAUCAAACCGAACAUCAUCAUCGGUGAUGUGAUAUCGUGCCCUAUGAAUAAACCGAUUCUGACGACGCCUAGCCCGAUGACGCCUAACUCAGUCGACGACAUACUUCCGUCGGUGGACGAAACACAGGAGUUCUCGCCGAACCUAAGCCAACGGUCGAUUAGCGACAGUACGGGUGGCUGUUUCGAUGGGCCGUGUAGCUCCACGGAAUUGUUGAAGUAGUAAAUGUUGACUUCCGGAGCGCGUGAUCCUCUAGGCGUGAGCUCGUAGGCGAAAUGUUAUAUAGAAAGUCGUUUUAUGGAAAUUUUUAGAGUGAUAAGCAAACCCAAACCCCGAA